ACAUAUCUCUUAACAUUAUGACUGAUAGCUGUUGUCUCAGAACCUGCCAAGCCAUUCCAUCUGCACCUACCAUCCCUUUCUAUUCCAAUGGUGGCUCCUAUGGAAAAGCUAUCUGCCUCCCUAGUUCCUGCCAAGGCAAAACGUGGCAACUGGUUACCUGCCAAGAAAACUGCCAGUCAUCUGGCUGCAACUUGAAUUGUCCUGAACCUACAUGCUGUGAGCGUCCAUCUUGCCAACUAACUUGCCUUCCAUCAACAUCUCGCGUGGGUUUUGUCUGCCAACCCAUUUGUAAUAGUGCUAGGUGCUGUGAAACCAGUGGUGGUCAGUCAGCUUGCAUCAUCAGCAGCUGUCCACCCCCUUGCUCUGAAUCUAACUCCUGCCAAUCAACUUGUGAUGCUGCUCCCUGCCAACCAGCUUCCUGUCAGGAAGCUAUGUGUGUGACCAGAUCAUGUUCAUCAUCUUGCUGCCGAGCAACAGGCUGUGAGACCAGUUCCUGCCAGCCCAUCUGCUCUGAAUCCACUUCUUAUCCUCAGAUGUCCUGUCAGCCAGCUGUCUGCAUGCCUAGCUCCUGCCAACCAACUUCUUGUCAGAUAAGUUCAUGCCAACCAACUAACUGUGAAGGCCAGUCCUGUAGACCAACAUACUAUCAGCCUGUUUACUUUCUCAGCUCUUGCCAACCAAUUGCUUACAUGCCUGCUUCCUGUCAGCCAUCUUUUUGUAUUCCUAACACUUACAAACAAACUUACUGUGUGCCUUUGUCCUUCCAGUCCUUUUAUUGCCAGCCAUCUUCUUGUAUGUCUUAUGUUUGCCAGCCAAGCAGCUGCCAACCCAAAUGCUCUGUGCAGAAUUCCUGUAACCCAGUCUGUGGAACUUCUGUCUCGUGCCAACCAACUCCCUGUAUGCCCCUUUCCUGCAAAGGGGAUGGAUGCAAAUCUACUUCUUUCCAGCCAGCUUGCUGUGUGACUGGUUCUGAAAAACCAUCUAGCUGUGGCAUUGAUUACUGCCAAUCCACUUACCCAGGUUCUUGCAAAACAAGUAGCCGCCUGCUCAGAUCCUGCCGACCCAAAAGCUAUGUAACCAACAUCCGCAAAACUACCUAUUGCUAAUGGAGAAGACUGCCUGAUCUGAGAAGCUGAGUCUGCCCAUCAACACAUUGCUGCAUUGCUUGUGUCUUAUUUCUUGGUAUACAGCAAAUUUUUCCAAGUGUAUAUUUCUAUUAUUUACCAGCUAUGCCAUGUAUACUCUUUGAUUCCAAGCCUGAAAGUCUCUGCAGGCAUUGACUAGGUAUUGGAAAUAGCGGCUAGGAAAUGAUUUUCUUAAAACACAGAGAAAGACACUGGGCAACAAUGGGUGAAACUAUGUCCUGCAUUUCUUGAUGCUAUCAAUUUUGCUUCAGCAAAUGAUCUUCCUUGGGUUCUUUACUCUUCAAAAAUCAACUUGCUGUCUUUGUUAGUAAUAGUUAAUAAAUGUAAUAGUUUAAGCAGCAAA